UGUUUCUAUAUUGCUUUCAGCUUGUCACUCACUACCGGUAUCAAUAAUCAGAUCCUCGAGUUUUUCUGAUACUGGUAGUGUGAUUCCCUUCAACAUGUCACUCACAUUACUAGCUCUGCUGCUUCUGCUGUUCAUCAGUAUUGGAAAUGGUCAGAAUAACAAUAACUCGUCCAUUGAAUGCCCUUUCCAUCUAUCUUGUUCGCGUAACAUUAAUCAGACUCAGAUCCUUGAAUUCCCCUCAUUACCAGUAUCAGAAAAAUUCAUUGUCAAUGACAUAGAUUGCGAAUCUCAAGUAUUAUAUCUAUCUCACCCACAAAACUGUCUUUCUAGUCUCUUCUUAACAAACAAUUUUUCAUUAUUUUAUCCUUUUCGAACCAAUUUUCCAUAUAGUAGCAAUAUUACUUUCUUUAAUUGUUCUUCCGUUCGACAAGACCAUCUUAAAAGCUUGGACCAAACAGGCCCCAAUGCACAAGACAUGUUGUCAUGUCCAAUUUAUGUAGCAGAUUCCACAGAAAGUGUCGUCGACUUGGACUUGUUACACUGCACAAGAAUGUUUGAUAAAGUUUUGCCAAUAGAAGCUUAUGAUAUAAGGCAUAACAUUCUCAUAUUGAAUUGGUCGUAUACAAAUUUUCCCAGUCAAUGUUUCGAUCCACACAACAAAUCAAAGAAGAACCGCACAUCCAUUAUUUUAGAAACAAUAGGGGCAAUCAUUGGUUCGACUAUGCUGGUUGUUUUGAUUAGUGUUUUCUUUCGAGUAUACUUCUAUUUUAGAACGAAAGGGGAAGAUCAAACGAGACUUGAAAACUUUUUGAAGGAUUAUGAAGCUUCAAAGCCAACUAGAUUCUCUUAUGCCGAUAUCAAGAGAAUUACAAACCAAUUCAAGGAAAAACUAGGUGAAGGAGCUCAUGGAGCUGUCUAUAAAGGUAAAUUAUCGAGUCAAAUUCUGGUUGCUGUGAAAAUGCUUAAUAACACAGAAGGAGAUGGGAGGGAGUUCAUAAAUGAAGUCGGAACUAUGGGGAAAAUCCACCAUGUUAAUGUUGUCCGGUUGCUUGGUUUCUGCGCCGAUGGAUUUUAUCGUGCUUUGGUGUAUGACUUUUUUCCGAAUGGUUCUUUACAAAAUUUCAUUUCUCCACCCGACAACAAUGAUGCUUUCCUUGGUUGGGACUUAUUGCAACAAAUUGCUCUAGGCAUUGCAAACGGAAUUGAAUAUCUUCACCAGGGUUGUGAUCAUAGAAUUCUUCACUUUGAUAUAAAUCCUCACAAUGUCUUGUUAGAUGAAAAUUUCAUUCCUAAAAUUUCAGACUUCGGUUUAGCUAAGUUAUGCUCCAAAAAUCAAAAUACUGUUUCGUUGACAGCAGCUAGGGGAACAUUAGGGUACAUGGCACCUGAGGUUUUUUCUAGGAACUUUGGAAAUGUCUCUUAUAAGUCUGAUAUAUACAGCUACGGUAUGUUGCUUCUCGAGAUGGUUGGAGGAAGAAAGAAUACUAAAACAACUACUGGUGAAGAAAAUUUCCAAGUUUUGUAUCCAGAUUGGAUCCAUGGUUUACUCGAAGGGGGUGACAUUCAUAUCCCAAUUGACGAUGAGGGAGAUUUUAGAAUUGGAAAGAAACUAGCAAUUGUGGGACUUUGGUGCAUUCAGUGGCACUCUGUGCAUCGUCCGUCUAUGAAAGCUGUGGUGCAGAUGCUACAAGGAGAGGUAGACAAGUUAAAAGUGCCCACCAAUCCUUUCAAUGCCUCAUCUUCAACUAGUAGAACUGCAAAUACUGAUAUAGGAUGUCUGAAUUUAGAACUAGAUGUGAUUCAAGAGUUAAAAAGUUUUGCCAAUAGAAGCUUAUGUUAUUAUGUUAUAAGGGACAACGGAAUCUCCGUGAGUUGGUCUGAAACAAAUUUUGACAGUCAAUGUUUAGAUGAUCAAUAUGAGCUACCGCUACCCAAGAAAUCAAAGAAGAACGACAAAUCGAUUAUUUUAGUAACAACAGGGGCGAUCGUUGGUUCAAGUAUGCUGGUUGUUUUGAUUGGCGUUUUCUUUCGAGUAUACUUCUAUUUUAGGACGAAAGGGGAAGAUCAAACGAGACUUGAAAACUUUUUGAAGGAUUACGAAGCUUCAAAGCCAACAAGAUUCUCUUAUGCUGAUAUUAAAAGAAUUACAAAUCAAUUCAAGGAAAAACUAGGCGAAGGUGCUCAUGGAGCUGUCUAUAAAGGUAAAUUAUCGAGUCAAAUUCAUGUUGCUGUGAAGAUGCUUAAUAAUACAGAAGGUGAUGGGAGAGAGUUCAUAAAUGAAGUGGGAACUAUGGGAAAAAUUCACCAUGUUAAUGUUGUUCGAUUGCUUGGCUUUUGUGCCGAUGGAUUUCAUCGUGCUUUGGUUUAUGACUUUUUCCCAAACGGUUCACUGCAGAAUUUCAUUUCUUCACCCAAUAACAAAGAUGAUUUUCUUGGUUGGGACUUAUUGCAACAAAUAGCUCUAGGCAUUGCCAUUGGAAUUGAGUAUCUUCACCAGGGUUGUGAUUAUAGAAUUCUUCACUUUGAUAUCAAUCCUCACAAUGUCUUGUUGGAUGAAAAUUUAAUUCCAAAAAUAUCGGAUUUCGGUUUAGCUAAGCUGUGCUCCAAAAAUCAAAAUACUGUUUCGAUGACUGCAGCUAGGGGAACAUUAGGGUACAUAGCACCUGAGGUUUUUUCUAGAAACUUUGGAAAUGUCUCUUAUAAGUCUGAUAUAUACAGCUAUGGUAUGUUGUUGCUCGAGAUGGUUGGAGGAAGAAAGAAUACAAAAACAAUUACCGGAGAAGAAAAUUUCCCAGUUUUGUAUCCGGAUUGGAUCCACGGUUUACUUGAAGGGAAAGACAUUCAUAUCCCAAUUGACGAAGAUGGAGAUUUUAGAAUUGCAAAGAAACUAGCAAUUGUGGGACUUUGGUGCAUUCAGUGGCACUCCGUGCAUCGUCCAAACAUGAAAAAUGUGGUGCAGAUGUUACAAGGAGAGGUAGAGAAGUUAAAAGUUCCCACAAAUCCUUUCAAUGCUUCAGCAUCUUCAACUAAUAGAACUACAAAUACUGCUACAGGAGGUUUUCUGAAUACAGAACUAGAUGUGAUUCAAGAAUUAGAAUAGGUUAAAUAAAACAAGCAAUUGAUACACAUGAUUUUAUUCCUUUGUAAAAGUGUAUUAUAUGUAUGCACUCUUUAAUCUGUUUCUGUUUCAUUUCCUUUUCAUGCACAUCAAAUAUUGAGAUUCAUUUGAAAAGCUAAC